AUAAAAGGACUCACAAUACGAAUACACUUGAUGAGUUUACAUGGUAAAAAGCCUAUUGAAAAAGGCGUAUAGCAAGGAAACCUAUCUCCUAUUUUGCUCAUUUGUUGUUGCUACUUGUUAGAGUUACAUCUUUAUAAUUAUGUUUAAAUUUGAAUUUGAUAAUUUAAUACUAAUAGCCACAUUAAUAAUCGAUUAAUAGUAUCACCGAUGGUUAACUUGUUAGUAAAAAAACGAAAUGUAUAAACUAGACUUGACCUGACUUGGUAACAAGACUUGGCUAAUGGUGAUUUUCAAUGAAAGGCUCAUCCCACUAAUGAUACUUACUCCUCCCGAUCUUCAUCUUCAUCUUCUUAUUCUCAUCUCUCAUCAUCUUUUUUUCACUCCUCUUUAGUCCUCACAGUUAACUAUUAUCUUAAUCAUUACAAAUUCAUUUAUAUCAAUUUGUAAAUUAACUCUGCAAAUAGUUUCUCUGUUUUUUACUUCUCACCUUUACUUGUACCACUUAACAUUUGAUCAUUGAUUUUCACUCCAUAAUAAUGUUUCUAAUUUUGAUUUAUUUAUGAUUUAUUUAUUUCACUGACAAUCAACUGAAUCAACCAUCAAACGAAUCAUCCAACAAAUCAUGUCCGUUGACAGUACUGACGAUACCAAUGGUGCCAAUGCCAAGGUAACAAUUGGAUUCAGUGUUUCGGAUAUUUUAAAGCUUCCCUCAAAUAAACAAAAGUCAGCCGAUUAUCCCGUUAAACCAUAUCAAGGAUCGCCUUCAAAUUCACCUCCACCUCAACCUUCAUCUUCAUCACCUUCCCAUGAGAUCGCAAUUAAAUCAGAGGAAAGUCCAUCUUCAUCAUCAACUCCUUCAACUAGUAAUUUCACUUCACCUUUAUAUUACUAUGAAAAUCCCUAUUCAAGGUGGUUACCUCCAACUGAACAUCUAAUCUAUUCAACCUCACUUCAUUGUCCAGAAGGAAAAUGUCCACCAAUCGAUAGCAAAGUCAACCCUGUAUCUUCAUCAUUAUCAUCAUCUUCAUUGUCCCUGUCAACCUCAUCAACAACACCAAACUCAUCGUCACCUCCAUCAUCUUCCUCGUCCAUAUCACCAAACCAUCUUCAAGAGGUGAACCCACUCGCCCAUCAUCUUCCCCCGCCUCCGCCUCCACCUGUCCUUCACCAUCACCAUGAUCAUCACCGAUCGCUGCACCAUCAUCACGGUCUCAAUCGGUUUACCCAAUCGUCAUCUUCCUCUUCAACCUCAUCCACUUCAUCCAUUUUAACCUCUGGUUCAAAGAUUCGUAAAAAGCGAACUCGAGCCGCCUUCACUCACGCCCAAGUCUAUGAGUUGGAGAAGCGAUUCAGUUUACAAAAAUAUCUCUCUGGACCUGAACGAUCCGAUUUGGCGACUGCUUUGAAACUCACCGAAACUCAGGUUAAAAUUUGGUUCCAAAAUCGUCGCUAUAAAACAAAGAGGAAAAAUUUACAACAAGACUGUCUUGUCCAUUCGACUUUAAAUGGUCCACUCAAUGGCUCAACAGUCCUUAGAUCAACCGAUUAUCUAUCAUCAAAUCAUCCUCACUCGCAUCACCAUUUACCUCAACAUGGUUUAACUUCAUCUUCGUCACCAGCCACCUCUCAUCAUCCAUUUUAUUCAGCUUCAACCUUUCUUGGAUCUUCAAUCCAGUUUCUUGAUAUAAAUCGUUUAAUCACUGAUAUUUAAUUUAACCUUAAAUCAAACUAGCGCACUAAGUAAUCAAAGUGUCAACACUUUUAAUCAAUGAAUCAUCUUCCAAAAUAAACUGUGGAAAAUGUUGAAAAGCCAACUUUUUUUGUCAAGAAACAAACCAAUUUCUUGUUUACAAUGAAAAACAAAACUCUUUUUUUUCGUGGGUAAUAAAUAUUCAACUAAAGAUGCUAAUUAUUUCAACGCUGCCAAAUUAUCACCUUCAUA